CCCCGCCUCCCUCGGGCUGCCCUUCCAGCCAGGCGUCCAUCUUAAGAGACGCUGGUCUCCUCAGGCGUGAAGAUUGGAAUUGGGUUGGGACUGGGAAGUCUCGCUAAAGGGUGAAUCAUGUUUAAGAAGGUCAACAGGAUUGAGCACAAGAGGAAUAAGACAGAAAAACCAAAAAAGCUUAAUCCAUGGAUUCCACGCAUCUUCAACCACCAAUGCUUUGUCACCUUCCUUACUGGCUGCUAUAGUUGCCUCUGGAAAUUCAGACAAUGGGAAAAAACUAAAGUUGGAUUUUGUUGCUGCACUUGGAAAGAGCAGUUAUUUUGCCCGUGCCUGGUAAUUUCAUUUGUCUUGUCUCUGAUGUUGCUGUUCCUGUGGAUAGAAACAUCCAAUGAAUACUUUAACUUUGACUGGGUCACUUUUCUAGGAACAGGAUACUGGUUUUUCUGGUCUAUUUUUAUUCUGAGUUUAGCUGGGAUCCUGACUGCCUACUCUUCAUUGCUGUUGUUACUUGGAUUUUUGUUGCUUUGGGAAAGGAUUGAACUAUACCUGCACUUGUGUCAUAAGAUCCUGAUUCUGCUAGUAAUUCUUCUGUGUGUCAUUUUAAUGUUCAUUAUAUACAAAUUCUGGAAAGAAAGGUGGCUGGUAGCUGGGCUGUCACUGCAGAUCUUUGCUCCCUACGUGCACCUGGUCAGCAUAACUGUGAUGGUUAUCCUUUUCUGGCCUGUGGCCUUCUACGUGGCACGUUUGGAAAGAAAAGUUAGAAUGAGAAGAUACAGGAUGACACAUUCUGAGAAAAAAAGACUCAAGAAAUGUAAUGUAAUCACAAGGUUAAGAGGUCUACAAGUGGCUGUUGGAUUACCCUUUCUUCUUAUCCUUUUAAGUCUCUAUUUGAUGCCACUGGGGAUUUAUUCUCCCUGCAUUCAGGAGAAGGAGAAUUUGGGGCCCAAGCCAACCAUCUUUGGACAUAGAGGUGCACCCAUGUUGGGGCCUGAGAAUACCAUGAUGUCCUUUGAGAAAGCUGUUGAACAUGGAGCCCAUGGAUUGGAGACUGAUAUACACUUAAGUUAUGAUCAUGUGCCUUUCCUCAUGCAUGACUUUGACCUGAAAAGAACAACCAAUAUUGGGGAAGUUCAGCCAGAAUCUGCCUUUGAGAACCCUGCCUUCUUCAACUGGGAUUUCCUAUCGACUCCAAAUGCAGGCAAAUGGUUUGUAAAACCAGAGCUCAGGCCAUUUUACAAUAUGAAACCUCUAUCAGAGGCAGAUAAAGAAAGAGCAAGAAAUCAGUCAAUUCCAACACUAGCUGAUUUAUUGACACUUGCAGAGAAGGAAAGAAAAUUUGUGAUAUUUGAUCUUCAUCGCCCUCCACCAAAACAUCCUCUCAGACACACAUUUGUCCACCAAGUAGUAAGCGUGAUCCUUGCCUCUAAAAUCGAGCAACAUCUGAUUUUUUGGUUGCCAGCUCAUGAUAGGCAAUAUGUCAGGUCCGUGGCUCCUGGUUUUCAGCAUGUGGGCCGUUUAGUAUCUGUUGAAACCCUUGCUAAAAACAAUAUCAGUAUAAUAAAUGUUGACUACAAGAAGUUGUUCCCUAAUGGGUUAAGAGAUUAUAAAGCGGCUAACAUCCAUAUCAACGUAUACACCGUCAAUGAGCCUUGGCUUUUCUCACUGGCCUGGUGCUCCAGGAUUAACUCAGUGACCACAGACAACACUGGGCUCCUGAGUCAGCUUGAUCACCCUCACUUCUUCAUGACACCAAAGUUCUAUGUGUUCAUGUGGCUCCUUGCAGAUAUCAUUUCUGUGCUUUUUAUUGUUGCCAUAUUUUGUUUUCACUGGUGGAGAGAGACUGAAAAAGAAAAAUUGUUUGAAACCUCCAGCACUCGCACAGAUACUCAGAGUGGAAGUGAGAAUGAGGAAGAUAGAUUUGCACAUAGCCAUGAAACCUCCUGCCCGAGUUGUGGAAAGUCCUUGGACUCUAGCAGCCCUCUACCCGGCUUUACCCAAGAGUGGAAAGGAACACCAAGGCCAUUUCAAUUUUGCAGCACCAUCCAAGAAACUACUACCUAUCAAGAAUGCUGUCACACCUUUGAAGCCUGGCAAGCAUGAGAUUCAACCACCGAUGCCCACCACGGUCUUUGAACUCACCCAAGCACCCACCAGGCAGGCUACAAGUGAGGCUACCUUUCAAACUACAUUGCCCACCCUGAAGGUGGAUAAGCCAACCAUGCCCUCCAUAGAGGUCCCCUAUCCUUAAAUAAGAGACCUCUAAGAGAUCCCCAUGGCUGAAUACUCCAAAUAAUCCUAUGUCACAAUAUAUUCCAUUGCAUCUGACAUAGCCUUCUGUGUUUCCAAAGAAGAAUUAGCCACAUCUCCCCUGCUUCUUCCUCUCUCUGCCUAAGGGUGGUGAUGGUGGGGAGUGGUUGAUAAAGGCACACAGAAGGGCCAUUGAGGCUCUCAGGGGAACCACUGUGCUCUCGCUAUCAAGAAUGCAUCUCAAGGGGCUAGGCAAGGGGAAAACUGUUGUGUGUGGUCUUGGAACUGGUUGCUGUCAAGUUUAUCUCAUCCUAACACCUCCAUAAUAUUUUCUGCUAAAGGAGUGACUGUGCAUAUAAGUAAAGGCAACCUCUCAGGAA